UUAAGUUGAUUUUUUAAAAGUUAGAUUUUAAAUAAGAUUUAUUCUUGUGUAUUAUAAUAUACAUGAUAUACUAGGCGAUAUAAAAUCAUAAUUUUACAGGUACGUGGCUGUAUCAAGUGGUCUAAUAUAGGACGGAAAGGUGAAUCUUUGCAGUUCGUUAAUGGCUAUAUAACAAGCAAUAUGAUGGAUGAUGGUACUUGUUAGGGGUUCAAUCACACUUUAAAAAAAAAAUGCAACACCGUCUAUUUUUUCAUAAAUACUGAUAACUGGUAUAAUGGGAGGAUGUACAUGUAGUUAUUAAUUAAUUAUUUCACUCACAAUUUCUUUUUCCAUUUGAAAUACACUCACAAUAUUUUCCCAAUACAGUGUCUUUCUCAUACAUACUAAUAAUUUGUAUAAAUCUACCAUGAUAUUGGAUAACACCGUGCAAAUAAAUGAUGUACUAGUACAUGUAAGUGCAUACAUGUAUAAUAUAGGCGUACAUAACUAGGCCUACAUGUGGAUGGGUGUGUCGAAAUAAGAUCUGAUAUGACAUGCAUAUUCUUUUUUAAAAUGCUUGAAGUAGUCAACAUCAUCAUGAUCAUUGGAAAAAGUAUGGUUUAUGCGGGAAUAUACAAACAUUCUAAAAAAAACAUUGCAAUGGGUCCUAUGGCACACACUUGCUACAUUUGUUUGAUCCGCGCACUGACGGAAAUAUAUAUGAGUACGUAACCACAUUUUGUGUGACGCAGUCAUCAGAGGAAGUGACGCAUUGUAGUAAACAAAGGAGGCAGGACAUGCCUUUAUGUGUGCAGACAAUAAUGAAUUAUGGUAUGUACUUGAAUAACAGCUGGUACAGCCUUGCUUCAGUUUGUAGGAUGCUCUACGUCUCCCCACACUAAAUCUGUUAACUCGUAGAGAUACCGCCUGGGCAAACGAUACCUCUCGACUACCUCAACAUCACUGAGGUAGUCCAACGGAUUAUUUCUAUCGCGAAACACCCGCAGCGCACGUUUUUUAUGAGUCUCAUUCAUAACAUUAAACAUUAGAAAUGCAGCCAUGUUGAAUUAUUUUAAUAACCAUAGUAACAAAGAUUUUAUGGAGCACUUACGACAAAACUUGGGACAUAGGGUCGCCCCCGGGCGGUCGUAGACUUAAGGCCGAAUUUCAUCGUAACUCGUAAAUCCUAAAUCUUUGUAAAACGGUCUCACAUCGUAAGUUAUGUCUUACGACUAAUUUUAAGACUUACGACCUUUUGUAAAACGGGCCCCUGAACUCUGAGUACGCAUCACGAGAACGGCUUCGAGGUGCAAGAACUGCAUUUAGUGUGAUCUAAGAACAAGCACAUUUGUGCGCACAUGUUCUCUAAAUUCACGACUCUAACACAGGAGUUCGUAACACUAUAGCUCAUGGCUUGGUCAAUCGAGUGAAUUUUAUUGACUUUAUUGAUAAAAUUUUGAAUUCCUGUGACUCUAAGAACUGAGCACGAAAACAACGGGAAUGUCGAUCUCGAAUGCACUUAUGGACAUUUAUAAAAGGAUUAACUCGGAGGUUACUGUAUGCUUCUGAAAAUCUUGAAUGCAAAUAAGUAUGGUGGUCUUUUUCUUCUGUAGGUGUCAGAAACUGAAUUGCUUGCAACUGUGAUGUGUUUGAUUUCAUUAAGUACUAUUGAAUAAAAUGAAUUAAGAUAAUUUAAUAUGAUAUACUUGUUUGCCCAACUAUCUAUUUUGUAUUGCUUAUAGGAGUUAUGAGAUUGAUCACUGUUCGUUAUCUUCACCUUUCAUACUGGACGGACUAGUGAAAUGCUUUGCAGACUAGUGAACAUCAAUAGUGACUAGUCCGUAUGGACUAGUGCUUGAAAAAGUUAAUUUCGAACCCUGUGCAUAUCGGUGCAUGAAAUAAAGCAUAUAACUUGUUAUUCUGUAUUUAUUAUGUCUCCCCUUCAAAGGGGAGACAUAUUGUUUUUGUCAUUUUUUUUCUUCUUAUUAUUAUUAGGGCUUUUGACUUUCGUCGGAAAGACCUAUUAUUAUUGUGGGUUUUUUUAUUAUUAGGGCUUUUCGACUUUCGUCGGAAAUACCUAUUGUUUUUCUGUUUUUUUUAUUAUUAUUAGGGCUUUUCGACUUUCGCCGGAAAGACCUAUUGUUUUUCUAUUUUUCUUAUUAUACUCGACAGAUUUCUGUCAGCGUUUUAAGAGAAACGGCUAAAAAUAAUAAAAAUGUUUCAUACGAUUCUUGUAGAUAAAAUUGCGGUGUAAUGCAAAUAAGCUUUUGAACAUCCGGUUCUUUCACUUCCGGUUUCUACAAAGGGCUAAAGGUUUUUCAAUUGGAACCAAUUAUCUUUGAAACGAUUUGUCAGAAUUUAAUGAAACUUUAGAUCUAGAUUCACAAGACCUUGUCCUACAAUAGUCAUUAUGAGCUCAAACUUCCAGUUCCUAUUGUUUUUGAGAUAUGAAGGUCUAAAGUUAUUAAAAAGGGGGGUGUCAGUUUGAAAAAGUACAAAUAAAUUUGGAAAAUUAUUUCAGGUAUUACACAUUGUUACUUGGGAUAAAUCAAACAAGUUUAUGAAGUUUCAUUGAUAUAUCUUAAGAGCUAUUCUCUGUAAGCAUCAAAGUAGGCUGGAAAUGUCAUGUUACCAAUCUUCAUGAAAUUUUCAGAGAUUAUAACUAUAUCAUAUUUGAAUGUAUGGGUUUGGUUAUUUUUACUAUAUCAUGCGUUGCUAUGGUAACAGAGGUCAUUCUUUUAGAGAAAAAUCCCAUAUAUUUUGAAAUAGGAGUUUUCCAAUUUGUUAUCACUUUGACAUUAGGGUAAUUAAUUAUUUCAGAAUGUGUAUGGUGGAAACAAUUAAGAUAUUAUUCAUUGUCAAUUUUCAGAAAUUUCUGGGUCCUGUCAAAUUUAUUAAAUUUUUAAUGGCUGCUUAAAUUUGAAUUAACCAUUAAGAAAUCAAGUAUUUUCACAUCUAAAUAAAAAAGUUACACAGCUAUUCUGAGUGCAGUUGUCAAUUGUAUUUUAAAGACAUAAGCAAUUUCAUGUAAAUAUAAAAAAAUCAGAAAUGUCAUAUUUGAUUUAAAGAAAUAAAUCGAAGUUGAAAAUGCAACGAUUUGCUUAGAAAUGUGUAUGAAUUGGCAGGAGUUAUUGCCCUUUGUGGAACUCCUCAGUAUACAGUAAAGUGAAAGUAGAAAUGUAAACAAACGUCUGCAACCGCAGCAGUACCAGAAUGUAAAGUUGUGAUGUUUUUAAGAAAAGACAAUGAAUUGUCAUUUCAAAUCACCUAAUUUUGAGUGUUUCGGUGAAUCAUUUGUUUUGCAACAGUAUAGUGAAGAGGACGUUAAUAUAAUUUUAUCAGAGGCUGGUUUGAUACCAAUUUGUUCAAAGUUUUCUGACUUUUCGAUUUGCACACACCACUUUAAUUUUUACCUGAAAGGCAACACAAACAAAAAAAGACGGAAAUUUUGUGAAAUACAGUUUUCCAUCAGUAAUCAUUCUCCACGAGGGAAGAAGAGUAGAGGAAUUUGUCAUGCGGAAGUAUUGGCAAUUCACAAGCACCAUGGCCUUGUUUUGCCCAUUGGAUCAGCUGCUUGUACAAGAUGCCUGAUGAAUAUACAUUCCUUUAUGGAAGAAAAUACGAAUGAAGACAGGGGAUGGAUGGAAGAGAAUGAGACACAAACACAAAUUGUUACAAGUUGUACGAAAAGGAAUGAAAAUGGAGAAUCCCAGAGGAGUGAAAAUUUAUCAACAUAUUCUGCUGAUGACAAUGAGAGUGAAAUUUUCCUAUCUCAACAAUCGUCAUGCAACAGUUUUGAAAUGGACAACCAUGUAGACUGCCUCGAUGAAUUCCUUGACAAUGUGAAAUUGCAAACAUUUUCUAUCAACAGGAGAAGACGCUGGCAAACGUAUUCUACAAAGGCCCAAAACAUUUACCAAAACAGAUUUCUAGAAAUUUUAACAAUCAUAAUUCGAAUAGUAUUUCCAUUUGAUGCCAUUCAAGUGUUUGAGGACUUGAAAAGACGAGAGAAUAGAAGUGUUCCAAUAAACCGUGCUAGUGAUUUUGAUUUCUCUCACGUUGUGGAAUCAUACAGUAGAGCUGAUACUUGGCAGCAAAAACGUCAAGUUUUGUCAGUCAUUGCUUCCAAAUUGCCCUUCAAAGAUGUUCUAACUAAGAUUCCAGAAGUAACACCUCACAAAUACUAUUCUGCUCUGAACCAUGCAAAGACAAUUGGUCCAGCACUUUCCAUUCCUGAUCGGGAGGUAAAAAGACAAAGAAUGGAUCCAGACAGACUAGAUGCUUUCCUGGACUUUAUUACUUUAAGCCAUGUGGUUCGAGAUCUUCCAUAUGGUGAGAAGAAAAUGAAAAUGUCAGAUGGAACUACUCAUAACAUGCCAAAUGUUGUACGGUGCAUGGGCUCAGCCGACAUAAUCCAUCAGUACAAAGCAUACAGUCAAGAAAACAACAUUGUUCCAUUAGGAGACAGCACAAUGUUUAGGAUUCUCACACAGUGUGGAGCUCAAGUAAGAAAAAGUCUUGAAGGUCUGGAUUACUUUGUAGCAGAAGGAGGACGUGCUUUUGUCACAUUACAGGAAAUUAUCGACAAGCUAGUUACCAAUCAAAUGAUAUCACAAGAUUGUCACAAGGAUUACCAUGCUUUAUUGUUGCAAGCCAAACAGUACCUGAGAACAGAUUUCAAGAUACAUCUCUCUAGUGAUAGUGAAGUUGCAGACCACUGUAUGCUGCAUGCCCUAAGCGAUACUAGGGAAGUUGGUUUGAUGAAGGAAUGCAGUCACAGUCAUGAAAUGAUGUGCGAAAGUUGUGAGCAGAUAAAGGACUUUCUUUCUUCUCUAGAAAACAUAUUAUCUAGUUCUUCAGUAGAUACAGGUGGAGAUGAGAUAAACGAUCUUCAAUUUAAGAUGCAAAAGGCAACGCAGAGUAUCUGGAACCUAAAGAAACACAUUAUGCGAUGCAAAAAUCAGGAUCUUGCCAGAACCCAUCUCUUUGAAAAAAUGCCUUAUGAAGAGGUCUUAUUGAUCUGUGACUGGGCAAUGAAGUUCCUACCGCGCAAGUUCCGAGAGGACCAAUGUGAUUGGUUUGGGAAGAGAUAUUCCCUGGCAUAUCUGCAUGGCUUUUUGUAGGAGAGAUGACGGAAGUAUCGGGAGCCUUGGAUUUGUUCAUCUAUUUGCAAAUCAAAUCUCACAGGACAGCCAUGUUACACUGAGUGUGAUAAGUGAUGUCAUGGACCAGAUCCAAGGCAUCCAUGGAGCCCAUGUAAAAUUUCAUCUAUGGUCCGACAAUGCAGGUUGUUACAAGUCGACGGAGAUGCUGGCACACCUAUUU